AUGGAGAAUGUGAGGGAGUCGAGUGAGGAUUAUAUACUGCAAGGUAACAGGGGAAAGUUACCAGUGACAGGAGAGGGUGACGUGGUGCUGCGGAGUCCGUAUGGAGUAGUGAAACUGGAGAGUGUGUUGCUGGUUGCGGAUUUGAAGGUGAACUUGGUCAGUCAGUCACAGCUUGAUGACUUGGGGUGCAAGAUAUUCUAUGAUAGUGGUGAGGUGACUGUGUUUGGUCCUGAGUGGGAGAAGUAUGCUGAUGGUUAUUUCAGUGACGGUUUCUAUGAGAUGAACUUGGUGGCGACGAAUGAUAUGGAUGAGAUCUAUGAGGAUCCUGAAUCUGUGAAUGUGAACCGCCAGCUGCAGCAGCAGCAGGGUAAAGGGGAGCAAAAAGGUCAGCAGAAAGGCGAGCAGAGGGGCGAGCAGAGGGAGGUGCGGCUGCUAGGAAACUCACUGGUGGCUCUGUUUGGGUCGGUGGGGACAGGGAGCAUCCAGGCGUCUCUGCUGCUGCUCUCCUGCGACCCCUGUGGGCCCCACUUCGUGGCUGUGCUGCGCUGCCACAAGUGCUGUGCUGCGCUGCCACAAGCGGUGAGCCUAAAGGGGAGGCCUGAGAGGGACGUGUUAGAGCGAUUGCUACGGGACUCUGUGCUCCCUUGCGACCCCACUCCGUGGCUGUGCUGCGCUGCCACAAGCGGUGAGCGGGGAGGAUGGGUCGGGGAGGAGCCGACAUUACUGGAGGAGGGCAGUACUGGAACAGGUGUGCUGGUGGGUGGGCGGGCCUGUGCAGGUGCUGCUGCUCUCCUGUGA